UUUUUAAUUAGUUUCUGAAAUUGCAGGAAAAUAUGUAUAAAAAUGGCAGAAAGUAAAGCUAUGAAACCACCCGACCCGGAACCAAACAUUCGCAGUGUGGAGACACAAACGCCUCCAGUUCAGUAUGUUCUCCUACCUCCACCGGCUGAAGCAAGCAGGAAAUGGCCAAUGUACGUGCUUGCUGGCUUGCUUAUUUUGAUACCAGUGGUUGUUGCUAUAAUAUUCAAUGUAUUUCAUCCUUUCUUUGGUGACGAAUUGACAAUGAUGGCCCAUGGACCUGUGAGUGAACACCUUUUGAAAAUCUUUAAAGAAUAUGAUAUUGAUAAAGAUGGCAUGUUUACACCGUUUGAAUUUCAAAAAGCGUUUUAUGACAUUAAAGCUGGUUCUAUCACUAAUAAUUUGAACUUGACAGACAUGGAACUUGAAAGCUUUCAUGAUGAUGUGAAAGCUGCACUGGCUGCACAGAAAUUUACAAAAGAAGAGGAAGUGGUCAAUGUAAAGGCAUUGCUUAAGCCAAUGGAUAUUAACACUAUGAAAAAGUUUAAGGAAGAUCCAGGUUUUAAUGACCCACAAGGAUUGUUUCAUAUCCAUGGUUUGACUUCGUGGUUGCAUCCCAACAUAGAGUCCGCCAAUUUUUCUGUUUCUAACUUUAGUGUUCUUUUACCGAACUCUUCAAGUACAAUAGUGACUGGAGAGACAUGGGAUCUUAUCCCUACAGUAUUAGGUGGAUCAGACGACGGUUUACAUCUUGCUCAUUAUCGCUACCUUCCACCAGUUCCUACCGACGAAACAGAAACCCUUCUUCUUUACUUGUUGAGUAUGUUACACAAACGACCGUUCCUCCACAUGAGAUUUCCACCACGUGGUGCUGUAGCCUGUUUACGUGCUGUGAACGAUGAUUAUUAUGACAUUAUGUUCAGGCUUCAUCCAGAGUUCCAAUUAAAUGAACCACCCCGAUUUCCAUUUUGGUUCACGCCUGCGUCAUUCAUCGGUCGUGUUGUCAUCAAAAAAGAUGGAAGCCAUAUUGAAUACUUUGAUAUGCAUCUGCCGAACCAUAUUCAAUUAAACAUAGAUAUGGAAUGGAUAACAGCUGAAAGGCCGACUGAGGAUAAUAUAACUGUCAAUGAUGCACAUGGACAGGAGGUUGACAUAGGUUUUGUGGAUGAGAUGAGGAUUGCAUCAACACAGCCAUCAACCACUCUGGAUAAAAUUAAAGCAGACGGUGUGCCGUUUGAUGUGGAUUCUUUAACAUGGACGGAAGAGAUGUCAGUGGAAAAAGCAUACAGUGUUUUGGAGAAAGAAUUUUAUCCUUUUAAGGAGAUACCCUACUUACCGUUCAACAAAACUUUUGAAGUUGCCAAGUCAGAAGAGAAGCUCAUUCAUCAUAUUUUAUUAUGGGGCUCUCUCGACGACCAGUCCUGCUGAGGUUCGGGGCGAACUCUUCGUGAAGGUCCACUCGAGAGUUCGCCCGUCAUCAAGUUAUUGUCAAAGAAAUUUGUCAGUACUUGGUCUUUAGUUGUUGAUCUAGAGGAUCUUGUUGCAAAUAGCUCCGAUCCACAGAUCGCAAAGAAUGCUAAAACAGCAUUAGACAAUUACCAUUUUCCAGUGCAGUCAAUGAUUUUGGAUGCGAAUGGUCGCUUUGUAAGCGGUGUCAAUGCAAAUGAAUUAUUAGACUCUACAAAUUCAUUCACCAGUAUGAUCGAAGGAAUGGUGUACGAUGACCCACUUACAAACGCGUACGUGAAAUUUCUAGAAGGUGGUAUCGUGAAAGCUGCCAAGUUGAAGAAAUCGGAAGAACUGUAGCUAGUCCUGUGAAAUUAUUCCUUUAUUUAAUUUAAAAUUAUUUGGUCAAAGAUUUUAAUGUUGUUGCACAAAAAAUGAUGAAGGCAUGUAUCGUAAACUGAUAGCAUGUUAGAAAUUCUGUUCUUAGCAUAAGGGUUUUUAUUUGAUAGGCUGGCCACACCUGAAAUUUUCUAAAAAUAAAAUAAAAAAUAGACACCCCAACCUAAGAAAAUUAAAACCUUAUCACCUAAAAUGUGGAUCCAUAAACCGAUUCCGAAAAUGGUGACACCCAUGUUUUGUUACUCCGUUUUAUGUGACACAAUAAUUAAAAUAUGUUAAAACUUGCAACAGGAUAAUGGAUUACAGCAAAA